GGAGAUACGAUCGACUGAUUUUCAAUGGAUACAUUGAGAGACCCCGAGAGAGACUCCAGGCCAAGGUCUCUGUAACGUUUGUCUUACAAUAUUUUGAAAGGGUUGAACAAUAUACCUCACAAAGGGCUCACAAUCGACAAUCAUCGAAAUUCGGAGUGACUAAAUAUACGUUACACUGCGUGAAAAAAAAGUUUGAACGAAUAAAUGGCAGAGGCUACUUCGCAAAAGCAAAACGGAUCGACUCCAAGCGUCCAAAUCCCGAAUGGGCCGCAGACUCGCACCAUCCUGUGGUGUGUACCACGUUCUUGUUCCACCGCCCUCACCAAAUGCCUGAGCUUUUGCAAAGAGACCGAGGUGUGGUUCGAACCCUACACCUACUGCAAGGCAACAACCGACACAGUGAGGGAGGUAUUAGGCCUUCACCUACCCCAUCGAUACAAGGGUAAUGAAGAAAAGUUUAGGCAAGCUGGUGAUCUAUUCGACAAGAUUUGCCACUGUAAAGUCAGACCGGAGUAUUUAUCGUUUGCUUCGAUUGGUAAAUUCUUGGAAAGCUCCAGCGAACGUCAUGUAUUUGUCAAGGACAUGGCAUACGCUAUCACGCCGAAUGAAUACAAUUUUCUUCCUGCCGGUUACAAACACGCUUUCCUCAUUCGUCACCCACUUCGAGUGUUUCGUUCGUGGCGGAAGGCAAUGUUCGCUCAACAUUCGGCUCUAGGUCUACUGAAGGGUGAGGCCGCGGUAGAGGAGACGUACGACCUCGAGCGUGAUUGUCCAUAUUUAAACUCGGGUGGCCUUAUGUUCAAGGAUACUUACGACAUAUGGAAGUACGUCUGCGAAAAUCUGGACAGCGAUCCGAUUGUCAUCGACGGCGACGAUCUGCUGUCGAAGCCAGCAAAAGUGUUGCCGAAGUUCUGCGAAGCGAUUGGGUUUCCUUACGACGAGUCGCUAUUGUCGUGGGACGCUUCUGCCGAAAUUACGAAAAGCUGGAAGCUCCCGGCUGAUGGGCUUGUUGGAAAUCUGGCCCAUUUAUAUGGGACGGCCAUUUUGAGUGGGGAGUUUCUGGAGGCGAGUCAACCGCCCUCUCGUGACGAGGUUACCGCUGACGUCCUGAGAUGUAGCGAUGAGAUAAUGAAAUAUUAUGAAGAGAUGUACGAAGCCCGCACAAAGUAGCAAAGUAGCAAGUAGUAUAUCGGCAUGAAUGGCCACCACACAGAAAUGUAUCAAAAAGGUCUGUCACCUGCUGUUUCUAAUGAUACCAUCUGGCUCCUUGUAAAGGCUUUUGGUAUAGAGAAUAGAUGGCAAUGACGUCAUUGUUUUCCUUUCUAGGUAUGUGCUGGUGGAAAGGAUCCGGCGCUUUCAUCACCGAACACCGAGUUCGACUCUUUACACUGCACGACUCGCUUUACUCCUCGGCAGUGUUUAGCAUAACGAUCUGGAUCUUAUAAAAUAUUGAAAACGUACAUAGUACUUGGCCCUCAUUCUGAAGCCAGGAGGGUGUUUUAUAAAGCUGUUCGUAAGUUAAGAGCGAUUGUACGAACGACUGGUGAACCUUUCUUACGCGCUAAAUAGUCACCAACGAACAUUUAAUGGUGAAUAUAAUUUACCACAAGAGAGGAUCACCAGUCGUUCUCAAAGUUAUCAGUCAUAACUUAAUUACGAAGAACUUCAUGAUACAGCCCUUGGUUUGACUUGGGCCAUACUCUAACUCUGUGUUAAGAUUAUGGGAAGCCCCAAAAAAAUAAUAAUGAAAUGCGUUUACGUUAUUAUGUUUCUUACGUUCAAUUUUUGUUGUAAUGAUAAAGAAAACUAUUUCAGUAAUUAUUCCCAGUCAGUUAUGAACAAUUGGAGUUGUAAAAUUAGCUGCCCAACUGAACUCGUACUGUUAGCGACACCUGUCACAGCGGGUUAUCCAUAAUUGGCUAUCCAUCGCUAAACCACAAUUUUUUUUCUUCUGAAGACAGCAUUCGUAGGCGAUUAGCAUCAUGCGAUAGGGUGAUACGGCGUGAAGGUUGAAGUUAGUCAUUCAAUUGGUGCGUGGAAUUUAUAACGGAUCAUUUGUCGCCGCCCCUCGAAUCUUAAUAUAAUUUCUUUGAGAUAAACUUACUCAGAGGGAACGCUGCAUUACGGAUAGCUUAUAAUUUCUCUCAGUAUGAAUUACCUACAUUACGAGGAGCGUUGUGGCCCAGUGGAUUAGUCUUCGGACUUUGAAACAGAGGGUCGUGGAUUCGAGUCCCAGCAAUGGCGUAAUUUCCUUCGCCAAGAAAUUUAUCUACAUUGUGCUGCACUCGACCCAGGUGAGGUAAAUAGGAACCUGGCAGGAAUUUAUUCCUUGAAAUGCCACAGCGCUGUAAAAGGCUGCGAGGCUAAAGCCAGGGUAAUAAUAUCCAAUUAAGCGCAACUGCAUAAGGACACAUUUGGUAGUGAUAUGCGCCAUAUAAGAAUGUUGGUAUUAAUAUUAUUAGUACUAUAAUUGCAUUACCCUAUUAUUUGGGACAUAAUUUCGAUUAGUGCAAAUUAUGUAUGCAUAUGUAUCGUUUGCUCCUCGUAUCUUAAUAUAAUUUGUUUCAGUAAAAAAUUACACAGAGGGAAAGCUGCAUUUCUGAUAGCGUACAUUUUCUCUCAGUAUGAAUUACAUUACCACAUUAUACAGGACAUGAUUUCCAUUUGGGCAAAUUAUGUAUGCAUAUGUAUCGUUUACUCCUCGUAUCUUAAUAUAAUUUGUUUCAGUAAAAAUUACUCAGAGGGAAAGCUGCAUUUCUGAUAGCGUACAUUUUCUCUCAGUAUGAAAUACAUUACCACAUGUAUAUAGGACAUCAUUUACAUCACUGCAAAUUAUGUAUGCUUAUGUAUAGUUUGUUUCUUUUCUCGUUAUACAAUUUGUUUCAGUAGAAAUUACUCAGAAGGAAUACUGCAUCAUCGACCACGUAUCAUUUCCUUUAUUAUGAAUUACGUUACUACAUAGGACAUAAUUUCCAUCAGUGCAAAUUAUAUAUGCAUAUAUCUCGUUUUCUUCUCGUAUCUUAAUAUAAUUUGUUUCAGUAAGAAUUACUUAGAGUGAAUACUGCAGUUUCGACCGUGUAUAAUUUCCUUCAGUAUGAAUUACAUUACUACAGUGCGUAUCAAAAUAAGUUUACACUUAGAAAAAAUCCUGUAAAAUUAUACAUUUGUAAUAUCCUAAAGAUUUUCCACCUUUUAACAUUGGUACAGAUCCAUUUAAGCAAAUGACGAUAUAGCUGUCGAAAAAUAUUUCCGCUUGAGUGAGCACCACUUACUUUUGAAAAGUUAGUGAAAAAUAAUUUGCGCAGAAUUUUGAAAUAGUUAUGCGAAUAAAAGUAGACCUUAAUCAUGAAGAACACGUUGAACUUAGCUAGUAAAAUUGAUUUGAAGAUAUAUUUUACCUUUUUAACUUGUUUCCUUGCCAAAAACAAUUCGAAGAGUGCAUUUCGCCCCACCCCGUUCCCCCCACAUACCGAGGCCAUCGUGACGAUAUUUGCUUUACACUGAGCUGUGAUGUACAUGAAAUGGCUUAGGCUUGAUUUUUAUUUUGUUAAUCAUUGUCAAGCUUGGAAAAAGUGUGAAGAAACAAGUAUCAAAUAAAAAAUGAAAUGUAAACCCACUUUAAAUGAUAAAAACUUAGUGAAAAAAUGCUGGAGAUGUCUGAUAUAAACUUUUGUUCAGAUUUAGUUAUGUCCUCAGAUCCAGCUGGCACAAAAAGGGAAAAGGUUGUGCUUACUAAGUGUUGAAAUUUCAAUUUGGGUGGCAAAAUUGUUACAAAAUGCUUGAAUUUAUCUGUUCUAUUUCAAUUGACUGAAAGUGCAAAGGAAAUGUAAGACAAAUGUUUCGCAGGGUAAAUUUGAUUUUGCCCUUUUCCCUUGACUCAGCGUGAAAACGAGCAUUUCUGCGCAAACAGAUUUCUGCGAGCUUUACAAAAAUGGACAGUGCUCACUCAAGUGUAACAUUCUGCCAAAACUUUUACUUUCAUUGGAUAGAUGAGACCCAAACCAAAGAUUAUACGUGUAAAAAUUACCCACAUGUUGUAUAUUUGUUAAUUCCCAGGGCUUUUUCAAAGUGUAAACUUUUUUGAUACGCACUGUAUAUAUAAUAUAAUUUCCAUCAAUGCAAAUUAUGCAAGCAUAGGUAUCGUUUGCUUUUGUUUCUUAAUAUAAUUUGUUUCAGUUUAAAAUUAUUCAGAGGGAAUACUGCAUUAUCGACCGUGUAUAAUUUCCUUUGGUAUGAAUUACGUUACAAUAUGGGAUAUAAUUUCCAUCAAUGCAUAUUAUGCAUGCAUAUGUAUCGUUCGCUGUUGUUUCUUAAUAUAAUUUGUUUCAGUAAAAUUAUUCAAAGGGAAUACUGCAUUAUCGUCCGUGUACAAUUUCCUACAGUAUGAAUUACAUUACUAUAUACAUGAUAUAGGACAUAAUUUCCAUCAAUGCAAAUUAUGCAUGCAUAAUGUCUUGUUUGCUUCUCGUAUCUGAAUAAAAUUUGUUUCAGUAGAAAUUACUCAGAGGGAAUACUGCAUCAUCGACCAUGUAUAAUUUCCUUUAUUAUGAAUUACGUUACUAUAUAGGACAUAAUUUCCAUAAGUGCAAAUUAUAUAUGCAUAUAUCUCGUUUGCUUCUCGUAUCUUAAUAUAAUUUGUUUUAGUAAGAAUUACUCAGAGGAAACACUGCAUUAUCGACCAUGUAUAUAUUCCUUUAAUAUGAAUUACAUCAUUAUAUAGGAUAUAAUUUCCAUCAAUGCAUAUUAUGCAUGCAUAUGUAUCGUUUGCUGUUGUUUCUUAAUAUAAUUUGGUUCAGUAAAACUAUUCAGAGGGAAUACUGCAUUAUCGUCCGUGUACAAUUUCAUACUAUAUGAAUUACAUUAAUAUAUACAUGAUAUAGGACAUGAUUUCCAUCAAUGCAAAUUAUGCAUGCAUAAUGUCUUGUUUGCUUCUCGUAUCUGAAUAUAAUUUGUUUCAGUAAAAAUUACCAAGAGGGAACGCUGCAUUAUCGAUUGCGUUGGAAUUACAUUACUAUAUAGGACAUAAUUUCCGUUAGGGUAAAAUAUGUAUGCAUACAUCUGGUUUGCUUCAGGUAUCUUAAUAUAAUUUAGUAAAAAUUACUCAGAAGGAAUACUGCAUUAUCGACCGCUUAUUAUUUCCUCCAGUAUGAAUUACAUUAUGACCAUGAUCAUAUAGGACAUCAUUUCCAUCAGCGCAAAUUAUGUUUAUAAUAAUUAUAUUGCGUUAGUUUGAAUAAUAUUGUAUAUUUGAGAUAAAUAUCUAAAAAUGAAAUUAUAUUUUUUGACCACUACACUGUGCUAAAUGCAAUUCCUCCAUUGAUUAGAAUCUGCAAAAUUAUGAUCCAUGUCAGGAACCCCCAUCAGUAUCAUGAUUUAUUUAGAUUAUAAAAUUGCUGAAUAAAAAAUGGAACAAAAGCGUUAUUUGAAUUAGG